UAGGGCUGAGUUGUACCGCAGCCAGACAGUGGUAGCACCCCCUGCCGACGCGCUAAGCGCAACCGACAGACCUCGGCCUCGCUUCGCUUGGUACGUCCGCUCCACCAGAAAGCUCGAGUAUACUGAUGUCUACUGCGCAAAAACCAUCACAGCUUGAAUAAAAGCGCCGCCCCGGCCCAAGCCAUGGCUUUCCUCCGAAGUCUCCUCUCCUCACCCGGAAUCCCACCAUAGUCCCCGAUUCGGAAAUUCCCGACCCCGCCACGACCACACCCCGCUGUCGCGUGCCGCCGUGAACAUGCACACCAUAAGGAUGGCGCUGAGGAGAGCGGGUCGUCCCGCUGCCUUGCCGUCGUCGAUGUUGUCGCGGACUGCACUGCCCAUGGUCGCCGUCCGCUGGAGCUCGCACUCUCCACUGGGCACGCCGCCCGCCAAUGCCCGCAAGCCUGUCACCAUCAAUACGCUCCAGAGCCUCUACCGGAAGAACGAGCCCAUUACCAUGAUCACCGCGCACGACUUCCCAAGCGCACACGUCGCCGACCACGCCGGCAUGGACAUGAUACUGGUGGGAGAUAGCUUGGCCAUGGUCGCGCUGGGCAUGGAGGACACCAGCGAGGUCCUGAUGGAGGAGAUGCUGUUGCACUGUCGGUCCGUGGCCCGCGCGACCAAGGGGGCUUUCACAGUCGGUGACCUUCCGAUGGGCACCUACGAGAUCAGCCCCGAGCAAGCCCUAGCCUCCGCCAUCCGCAUGGUCAAAGAAGGCCGCGUCAAGUCCGUCAAGCUGGAAGGCGGCAAAGAAAUGGCGCCUACCAUCUCCAAGAUCACAUCUGCCGGCAUCCCCGUCCUCGCCCAUGUCGGGCUCACACCCCAGCGCCAGAAUGCGCUUGGAGGUUUCCGCGUCCAAGGGAAGAGCACCGCCUCAGCACUCAACCUGCUCGAAGACGCAAAAGCUGUGCAGGAGGCCGGCGCAUAUGCCGUCGUGCUUGAAGCGGUUCCUGCUGAGGUCGCUGCUUUGGUGACUAGAAAGCUUAGUAUUCCUACGAUUGGUAUCGGCGCGGGCAAUGGUUGCUCGGGCCAGGUGCUGGUGCAGACAGACAUGAUGGGCAACUUCCCGCCCGGACGCUUCUUGCCCAAGUUUGUGAAGCAGUACGGCAACGUCUGGGCGGAGGCCAUGAGGGCGAUGCAAGAGUACAAAGCCGAAGUGAAGAGUAGAGCGUACCCGGCCCCAGAGCACACGUAUCCUAUGUCACAAGAGGUGUUUUCCGAGUUCGAACGGCAGAUUGAGGACACGGGGGAAGAGGCUUCAGCCCAGCCGAAGCAGGGAAAGCUCAAAGUACCCAAGGCGUUCGAUGAGCUGCCCAACAUUCCUUCGUAGCACUUUGCCAGCAUGGGGGAAAUCUUUUCUUUUGAGUUUGUCGUUGAGCAUUUAAAAUACCCGCACUUCUCAGCAGCUAUAGCUCUGUUCAGCGUUCCGCCAUGUAGCUUUGGCAUUUCACG